AUUUUAAAUAGAUUUAAAAUAUAAUAUUUAAAAUACAUUCCGAGGUUACAGUACAAAUGAAGCUCCUUACGGUUGCUAUGUGGACCAGUCAGAUGCACGGGAAGCGUAUUAAUUGAGGAACAAGUCAGUAGGGUUCACUGCUGCUUGUGAAGACUACAUAAUUUAUACCACUGUUUGUUUACUGGUAAACAAGUGUCCUCUGUGAUAACUCCUCAAGAUAAAAAGAAAUGUAAGUGCAUAAACCAAAUCCCUUCUUCCUGUCAGUCUCUCCGAAUUAAUGUUUUACCUUACAAAUCCUCAUGACCCUUUGUUCUCCAGAGAAGAUUAAAUGAAAAUAAACUUAUGUUCUUCCUUUACCAAAGUUUGCCAACAUCAGUUCUGAGAAUGAGGCCAUCUGUUAUGUGACUGAGCUCCACUCCUUGCCCACCCAUUUGUUUGCUUCCUCCCAGAUUGCUCUUCUCUCCUUGUCAUUCCCAAAUCACACACUUCUCUUCCUGGCUCUGCAUUCUUUGAGUCUCUUCUUUUGAUCAUCACAGUUUAGUUUCAUGGCAGACUUCAUAAUCUCAUGGGCACCAGAGCCCUCUGCCAAGGUUUAUGCAGAUUUAAAGCCUGGAUUAAUCUGGCCUGGUAUUUAUAUAAAAUGUUCUGAACAUGGCAAGCACUAUAAAAGCACUGUAUAUUAUUACUGAGUCCAUGGAAAUCCCCCCUGCUAACUCAGCACAUAUUAAGCUGCUGUUCCUGGAGGUAAGGUGAAGUGACAGAAACAGCCAAAUCUACGUCUCAUCUUUGGAGACUGCAUCUUUUUUCUCUCUGGUUUUGUUUUUUUUUUUUCUUAUUUUUUUUCCUUUCCAGGAUUUCUGAAAGAAGCUAAAUGGAUGAGAGAGGAGACCCCCCUCAAAGAUUUCACCUCCUGAGAGUAUUGUUUCACAGAUUUUGGCAUAGCUUCCCUGCCUUUCACUGCUGCUAUGCUGCCCAACUCCCUCAUGCUGUUUCCUAAGCACUUUUGAAAGCUGGUAGCCUUGGAAGAAACCUUUCUGGGGAUAUAAAAUCUUGGUGCAGGGGGGGCUGCUUUCAAACUCUGGUCCGGUACCCAUGCUGGGGGAAAGCAGCCUCCAGAUCCCAGCUAUCCCAGCAAUCCGAAAGAUCCCAGCACAAAACGGGGACUGUAGGCCUAUAGCCAGAUCUUUAAGGAGCUGCUUCCAAAAAUUUUUUAUUACUUAAAGCGUACAUGAAGAAGAUGAGUGGUGACUACAGCCCAAGGUUAGUCAACGUGUCUCCACCUUCCAUGUUAUUAACAAGAGGAUGAUGCUUGAAAUAAGGUGUGUAUAUAUUAGUGAGGCACUGGAAGAGGUUGCCAAAAGAGGCAGUGGCUGCCCCAUCCCUGGAGACACACAGGGUCAAGCUGGAGGGGGCUCUGAGCACCUGAUGGAGCUGUAGGUGUCCCUGUGCAUUGCAGGGGAGUCGGACUAGAUGGCCUUUAAGGCUCACUUCCAACUCAAAUGAUUCUGUGGUUCUAUGCUGUAUGGUAACUUGAGCCGUGGCCUGACCCACUGAUUGAGCACCUGGGGAAAGAGCCCAGGCAGCCCUGGGAGCACAGGUGAAGGCAAUUCAGCUGUGUGACCAGAGGGGUGGAGCCUGGCUGCAUUUCUCUUAGACCUCAUUUAAGAGCCAACUGCCCCAGGAGGAGGAUCUCUGGUUGGAGAUCCUUCCUUGGGGAAGCUUUCCCCUGCAAACUUGGAAUCUUCUGAUAGGGGCCUUCUGCUCUGGAGUUGGUUCUUUGCAAUAUGAAAACUGAAUCGUUUCACAAAGCGUGGACCUUCCAGUAGAAUUUUUCAAGAUCAGUAGACGUAUAUCAACAGUUUUAUUUUUUUCUUGAAAUCUUCUGUGCAGCUUCUGAAGUUUCAAUCACAAUGAGUUCAGGGUUAUGGAGUCAAGAAAAAGGAAGUUCAUCCUAUUGGGAAGAGCGCAUCUUUUACCUGCUUCUCCAAGAAUGCAGUGUCGUAGACAAGCAGACUCAGAAGCUAUUGAAGGUGCCCAAGGGUAGCAUUGGGCAGUUUUUUCAAGACCGUUCUUCCAUGGGACACUCCAGAAAUAUUCCUUGUAAAGGCAAGAAGCUACAGAUUGGAUUAAAAAUUCUGGAACAGCCUCAUGCAGUUCUUUUUGUGGAUGAGAAGGAUGUUAUCGAAAUAAAUGAAAAGCUAGCUGAACUGCUUUUGGCAAUUACUAACUGUGAGGAAAGGUACAGCUUGUUUAAAAGCAAAAGCAGAUUAACUAAAGGCAUCCAAAUAGAUAUUGGCUCACCUGUUAGAGUACAGCUUAGGUCGGGAGAAGAGAAGUUUCCUGGAGUUGUUCGUUUCAGAGGACCCUUGCUGCAGGAAAGGUCCCUAACAGGGAUAUAUUUUGGAGUAGAACUGCUGGAAGAAGGUCGUGGCCAGGGCUUUACUGAUGGACAGUACCAAGGCAAGCAGCUUUUCAGAUGUGAUGAGGAUUGUGGGGUUUUUGUUGCUUUGGACAAACUGGAGCUGGUGGAAGAAGAUGACAAUGAACUGGAAAGUGACUAUGCAGCUCCAGUUGACGCAAUGCAGGUAGAACUUCCUCCUCUGGAGAUCAACUCCAGGGUUUCUCUGAAGAUAGGAGAGAGUAUAGAGUAUGGGACAGUUAUAUUCUGUGAUGUCUUACCAGGAAACGAAAGUUUAGGAUACGUUGUUGGAGUGGACAUGGAUAAUCCUAUUGGAAACUGGGAUGGAAGAUACAAUGGCAUACAGCUGUGCAGUUUUGCAAGUGUUGAAAGUACCCUUCUUUUGCAUAUCAAUGAUGUUAUACCAGAGACUGUGUCACAAGACAGGAGACCUCCCAAGCUUGCCUAUACCGCAAGAGGUGGUGGUGAUAAAAGUGUGUUCAACCAUAGUAAGCCAAAGGCAACAGGAUCUACCUCUGAGCCUGGAAAUAGAAACAGAUCUGAAGUCUUCUACACAUUAAAUGGAUCAUCAGUUGAUUCUCAGCCUCAAGCAAAAACAAAACCCCCAUGGUAUAUUGAUGAAGUUGCUGAAGACCCUGCAAAAUCACUUACUGAUUCAUCUCCUGGAUUUGGGCAUUCUUCACCACCACUGCAGCCACCUUUAACAAACUCUGUGACUACAGAAAACAGAUUCCACUCUCUCCCUUUCAGUUUGACAAAAGCAUCAAGUACUAAUGGUGCUAUUGGACACAGUCCUCUGUCUUUAUCUGUUCAGUCAGUCAUUGGUGAUGUAAACACUACAGCUAACCAGGAAAGUCCAUCAACAGGAGGCCCUGUUGGUAACUCGCAUGGUCUUGAAGCAGGUUCCUUGGCUGAAGUCAAAGAAAAUCCCCCUUUCUAUGGAGUAAUCCGCUGGAUUGGCCAGCCUCCUGGGGUAAAUGAAGUGUUAGCUGGACUGGAGCUGGAAGACGAAUGUGCAGGUUGUACAGAUGGAACAUUUAAAGGAACUCGAUACUUCACUUGUGCUCCAAAGAAAGCUCUUUUUGUUAAACUGAAAAGCUGCAGACCAGAUUCCAGGUUUGCGUCACUACAGCCGGUUUCCAAUCAGAUUGAACGCUGCAACUCUCUAGCCUUUGGAGGUUACUUAAGUGAAGUGGUAGAAGAAAACACUCCUCCAAAAAUGGAAAAAGAAGGUUUAGAGACAAUGAUUGGAAAGAAGAAAGGUAUCCAGGGUCAUUACAACUCCUGUUACUUAGACUCCACCUUAUUCUGCUUGUUUUCUUUUAGCUCCGUUUUGGACACCGUGUUACUCAGGCCUAAAGAAAAGAAUGAUGUAGAGUAUUAUAGUGAGACUCAAGAGUUAUUGCGAACAGAGAUUGUGAAUCCUCUUAGAAUAUAUGGAUAUGUAUGUGCUACAAAAAUAAUGAAACUGAGGAAAAUACUUGAAAAAGUUGAGGCUGCAUCAGGAUUCACUUCAGAGGAAAAAGAUCCAGAAGAAUUUUUGAAUAUUUUAUUUCAUCAUAUUCUAAGAGUUGAACCACUGCUGAAAAUAAGAUCAGCAGGUCAGAAAGUACAAGACUGUUAUUUCUACCAAAUUUUCAUGGACAAAAAUGAGAAAGUUGGAGUCCCAACAAUUCAGCAGUUACUGGAGUGGUCGUUCAUCAACAGCAACUUGAAGUUUGCAGAGGCUCCUUCUUGCCUGAUUAUUCAGAUGCCUCGAUUUGGAAAAGACUUCAAAAUGUUCAACAAAAUUUUUCCAUCCUUGGAGCUAAAUAUAACAGAUUUACUUGAAGACACUCCCAGGCAGUGCCGUAUUUGCGGAGGGCUGGCUAUGUAUGAGUGCAGAGAAUGUUAUGAAGAUACCGAUAUUUCUGCUGGGAAAAUCAAGCAGUUCUGCAAAACCUGCAAUACACAAGUUCAUCUUCAUCCCAGGAGACAGAGUCAUAAAUUCAAUCCAUUGUCACUCCCCAAAGAUCUGCCAGACUGGGAUUGGCGACAUGGCUGUAUCCCAUACCAGAAGAUGGAGUUGUUUGCUGUCCUCUGCAUAGAAACAAGCCACUAUGUAGCUUUUGUGAAGUACGGGAGAGAUGACUCCGCCUGGCUUUUCUUUGACAGCAUGGCAGAUCGGGAUGGAGGUCAGAAUGGCUUUAACAUUCCACAAGUCACCCCAUGCCCAGAAGUUGGCGAAUACCUGAAGAUGUCUGUAGAAGAACUGCACUCACUGGAUUCCAGAAAAAUUCAAGGUUGUGCACGAAGACUGCUCUGUGAUGCUUACAUGUGCAUGUAUCAAAGUCCAACCAUGAGUUUGUACAAAUGAACAACGCCCUCUGGGAAGCUGAAGAAAUGACAGAUUUCUACUGUUGCGUUCUCUGCAUUUUUUGUUCGUUUUGAUGCAACCGUUGCUGGCGAUGGAUGCGAUGACAAGGAAGAAGUUGACUGAGAACAAAAGGAUCACUGUUCCAAAAACUACUUGUGGAGUUCUGAGGUGGAAGUAUUUAAGCAUUUUGCACUCUAGGAAGUGUGCUUGUGUGUGUUUGUUUUAUAAACAAAGUCUAAAUGAAGUUACUAAAACUUAAAGCUUUAAGUGCAUUCAUUAUAUAUGGACAUUAAAAAAAAAAAGAAAAAAGUGGAGUUAUUCUCAGGAGAAACCUCCUUAGUCCAUUGAGAAUGUAAAGAUGUGGUGUUACUGCUCGGGUGAGUUUCUGUGGACCAAGGAUGAUAAUUCUUGUUUCUCUCCCCCUCAGCACUGCCUUUUUAGCACCAUUAAUUCUUCAAGAGAAUAACUUCAGUUUUAAUAAGAUAAAUGUUAAACUGUUCAUUGCAUUUUAAUUCUGUCCUGUUAGCUGUCUGCUGUCAUACAUUUACAUCUUCAGAAAUUCAUGUCCAUUACUUAAACAUCUCAGUUCCUGUCCUGUGGAAGUCAAGCACACUGACUUGUUGUUUGGGAAGUCGGGAUUGUUGGAGAGAAGAAGAGAGCAGUAAGAGGAAGGGUAACUGCUUAAAAUUAGCAGUGCAAGGGUAUGUAUCUAACUGAUACGUAAAGAAAGCAGACUGGAACAGAUCAUCAACUAUAUACAGAUGAUUGGAGGACAAAAUAAAGUAAGGGUUGCCUCAGGGAAUGGUAUUGAAACGGAGUUUAGUUCUUGGUGAAACAAAACUGACUUUUAUACAAUACAUUAAGCUACUACCUAGGAAUACAUUACACAUCUGACUCUUGAUAUCAGGAUUACUAAUGAAUAUUAAAAAUAUCUGCUGGGAAAAAUGAAACCAGAAGUACAGGAUCAGAGUUUUACAGUUUUACCUAGUACUUAAUGAAAACUAAUUUGAAAAGCUGCAAAAUCUGUAUUGUGUAAAAUGCACUUGGAAGUCUGUUGGUUCCUGUUUGCCAUGAAUUUUUGUGUUGUUGCUUUUUAGCUACUUCUGUAGCUAAGUGCUAUAUAUAAUGUGUGUACACAGUGAAAUCUGGUUGUACAAAGGAGUUAGUUACAAAUUGCAUAUAUGUAUGAGCUGUACAUUUUCAACUAGAGAUGUUUUAUAUGGAAAACUUCCUCCUUGGGAUCAAGUCCAUAUAGAAAACGCAACAGGAAAAGCUGCUUUAUCCACUGUUUUAAAGAGGAUGGGGAGUGAUCCUGUGUUGUAAAUGUUACUUUAUGCUUCUUGAAGAAAACAAAACUCUCCCUGUGGGACAUGCUCUACCACUGGGUUCUGCUAGAGCAAGGUAGGGAAGUGCUCUAAGGACUACUCUGUCAGCUCUAAGGAAAACAAAGGGGGGCUGAGAGCACUGAUCUGUUCCCUGGGCAGCUGCAUGAAGUGUGGUCUGAGUUUUCACUCUCAAGAACAAAGAACUUUUUGGUGUCACUGCUGCUUUUGCCUCUAAUAAUCUCCUGGCUUCCAAGGACCCUUGCCUUAUUUAUCUCAUCUGUGCUCCUGGCAAAAUGCUGAUUCUCUAGUUGCAGUACUGAGUUCUUAAACUCCUUUUCUCCCAAAGAAUUCCUGUAAGGCUUUAUUUACCUGUUGGAUUCGGUAAACAUCUGUCAGCAGAGGGCUGUUGUUGGCAGUGGUUCUUCCUUGGCUCUGGGAAAGCAGCUGCAGGUGCUCAGAUGUGUUGACAAAGAUGCCAUUGAAGCAGUGGGUAGGGACUAUAAGGUAAAAAUGACUAGGCUGGUAUUUACUUUAUAAUGCCACUUAUUUACACAGUGGGAGCACAAAGUAUGAUUUCCACCCCCUCCUCCCCCAAAAAAGAAAAAAAAAAAAAAAAAAAGAAAAAAAGAAAACAUAUAUUAAUAACAAACAGGACUGAAUUAAAGUAGAUGGGUGUGAAUAAAUGAACUGCUUGGCUUCCUGGCUGCAGUUUUUCUCAUCUGACUGCUCUGUGGUAAUCUAGCAAUGUAAAUGAGAUGUCAUGGAACCUAACCUGGGUUUUCUAUUUCAGGAAGGAUUACAAAGCAAACGUCUUUCACUCUAAAAAGAAAUGUGUAAAAUAAGUUAGAGAAUUCAGGAUGUGCCAAAGGGGAUUGAAUAAGCUAAUUUGAGGAGAGCCUGCAUUUAAUACCUGCCCUUCUGGUAAAGGCAGUGCACAAAAGUUCCAGUGACUGAGCACUCACCAUUGAUAUAUAUAUAAUGCAUUUGGGAAUGUCCCAGGUAUUUUUUUUUCCUAUUUCUUUUGAAAAUGCAGAUGCACCCCUAAAUUAAUAGCACUUGUUAAACGAGAUGAUUGCUUCAUGGUUCACCUCUCACAUCUUGCUAAUGUGGUCUUAAGGUAUGAGUAAAAAUGCACAUACAAGGUACAGUUCCUAAUGGCCUGCAAACAAAGUUGAGAGAAAAAAGGACGGACUGCAGUACUUAGUGCUCACCAAUAGAAAUCCCCAAAGCGCUGUAGGCUGCAGCAGAAGGCUGGUGUAUUUUGGUAACUGGAGAAAAAAGCUGCAAAAUUAUCUUCAUCUUUAUCCUGAACAUAUGUUGAAAGUGUAGUACUGUGUUUUACUGAAUAGCUUCAGCAGUGGCUACUUUAAGCAAGUGUAGUGUGUGACAGGAGUUACAAAUGGUUGGUUCAUUUCAAUGCACUUAUUUUUCUUGUGCACUUUAUGCUCCACUGAAUAGAUAAACUUGGUCACCACGGUCCCUACUGCCAGCCUGUGUCACACAAAGCUGGAGCACAAUUGGCUGCAGAUUGCAACUUGGUGUUUCAGACCUGAGAUGGUGUAAAAAGCAGCUUGAAAGCUUUGUGUAUUUUUACCACUGUAACAAAGCAUGUUUUCUCUGUUCUUGAUGUUUUGCUAAAUAAACAUCUCAUGUUUUGUGCACA